AUGGAAAAGCUAAUUUUCAGUGGUCUAGCAUUGCUUGUUGGGUUAUUCGCCACAGAACUUAGAGUAGCAUCCGCAGUUUGGCAGCGAGCUCAUGCAACUUUCUAUGGUGGAAGUGAUGCCUCAGGAACAAUGGGGGGCGCGUGUGGCUAUGGAAAUCUAGACACGGAUGGUUAUGGAAUAAAAACAGCUGCAUUGAGUACUGCUUUAUUUAAUGAUGGAAAAUCAUGCGGUGGUUGCUAUCAGAUAGUUUGUGACGCAAAUCAAGUGCCCCAAUGGUGUCUCAAGGGCACUUCCAUCACAAUUACAGCCACAAAUUUCUGUCCCCCAAACUAUGCUCUCCCUAGUGAUAAUGGUGGUUGGUGCAAUCCUCCCAGACCACACUUUGACAUGUCUCAACCAGCAUUUGAGAUGAUAGCCAAAUACAAGGCUGGAAUUGUUCCAAUUUUUUACAGGAAAGUUGGGUGCAAAAGAACUGGAGGCAUCAGAUUUACUAUCAAUGGGAAAAACUAUUUUGAAUUAGUGCUUAUAAGCAACGUAGGUGGAGCAGGGGAUAUCUCCGGAGUUUGGAUCAAAGGGUCCAAUAUGAAUAACUGGGAAACCAUGUCAAGGAAUUGGGGAUCUAACUGGCAAAGCUUAAGCUAUCUCAAUGGUCAGAGCUUGUCCUUCAGAGUGCAACUCAGCAGUGGAAAAAUUCACACUGCUUAUAAUGUGGCAUCGACCAGUUGGACAUUUGGGCAGUCUUUCAUCAGCAAGGUUCAGUUCUGA